UGAUUUUAAAAAUAAAAUCAGAAAAAGUGAAUGAAUGGAGACAGUUGAGAUAAUAUCAAGAUUCAAGAGCACUAAAAAAGAAAACAAAAGCUUUGUGAUGAAACAAGUUUUGAUAUCAUCUUAAUUCUUAAGGUAUAUCAUUAGUGAAAUCAAGCAAAAUGGCGUAUUCGUCAGUGUCAGAUGAAGUUGUGGAAGAAUUCAAUCCAAAGAAAGAAGAAAAAGAGGGAAGCAUUCUUGAAGUUGGAGAUCAAGCAGUUUGGUCACUUUCCUCUUGUAAAGCAGGUUUCGGAAUUGACCAGCUCCGUGAUGACAGUACAGACACAUAUUGGCAAAGUGACGGUCAGUUACCACACUUGGUAAACAUCCAGUUUCGAAAGAAAACAACCAUUCAAAACAUAUGGAUAUUUGCAGAUUACAAGGCUGAUGAAAGUUAUACACCUAGUCGAAUAUCCGUAAGGGCUGGCACAGGUUUCAGUGAUUUGCAAGAAGUUGAAGUAAUUGAAUUAAAUGAGCCAAAUGGUUGGAUAGCAAUCCCACUGAAGGAUGCUCAGGAUAAAUAUAUUCGUACUUUCAUGCUGCAAUUAGCUGUAUUGAGUAACCAUCAAAGUGGCCGUGAUACUCAUCUUCGAAAUUAUUCAGACUUGGAGGAAAAGAUUUGCACACCUGACCAGCUCCAUCCCAAGCCUGAGACAUCAGCUUUAGUCUUCGGAAAGUACUUUACCGACCAUAUGCUUGAAGUAUCAUGGGAUUCAGAAAAAGGUUGGGCGAAGCCAGUUAUUUCUCCCAUGCACAAUCUUCAACUUCAUCCUGGGGCAAAAGUUCUGCACUACGCCAUUGAGUUGUUUGAAGGAAUGAAAGCAUAUCGUGGAGAGGAUGGUCGCUUACGUUUAUUCCGUCCGGAUCGAAACAUGGCUCGCAUGCUGAAUACAGCGAAAAGAUCGUCCCUGCCAACGUUUGACGCCAAUGAGAUGAUUCAAUGUAUUAAAAGAUUAAUUCAAAUAGACAGGGAUUGGAUUCCUCAUUCCACUACAUCUAGUCUUUAUAUAAGACCUACCUUGAUUGGAACUGAUCCAUCUCUGGGAGUCGCUAGUCCAAACCAGGCAUUACUUUAUGUGCUUCUGUGUCCUGUGGGCCCUUAUUUCACUUCAGGCUUCAAGCCAAUUUCGCUAUUAGCAGAUCCUCAGUACGUGCGAGCUUGGCCUGGAGGAUGUGGAGCCAUGAAGAUGGGUGCAAACUAUGCUCCUACAAUUUACAUUCAAAAACAAUCUGAACUGUUAGGACACCAGCAAGUUCUCUGGCUGUAUGGAGAAGAUCAUCAGUUGACGGAAGUUGGAACCAUGAACAUAUUUGUAUUCAUGAUGAAUAAAGCUGGCGAACGUGAGCUAGUGACUCCACCUCUUGAAGGGCUAAUUUUGCCUGGAGUAACGCGACUUAGUUUGCUUGAACUUGCCCGUGAAUGGAAAGAGUUCCGUGUGGUUGAGCGUACCAUUACAAUGGCUGAAGUAGUUGAAGCGCACGCAGAAAAUAGGAUUCUGGAAAUUUUUGGAGCUGGAACUGCAUGUGUUGUGUGUCCGAUAUCAAGUAUUUCUUAUCAGGGCCGAGAGUUAAAUAUUCCUCGAUCUGAGUCUUCCUUAAGCGAGCGGUUCUUCAAAACAAUGAGCGAUAUCCAUUACGGACGAUUGCAACACCCCUGGGCUGUAGAUAUUGAGUAGAUCUCGAAUUCGAUUACGAAAUGUUCUAAAGGAUCUAAAUUGACACUAAUUAUGACAUUACUGAACGGUUGUAACCGUGUUCGAAAGUCGCCUGACGUAGUGAAAGUGGAAAAUGCAAGCCGGUUCGGUAUUUCUCAAACAUUUAUUGCCUCUGAUGUAUGUCUGCCAUUUGUGAUUACUCUUAAUGAACGUAGAUGAAGUUUU